AUGGAUUCUACCAAGCAGCCCGUCAAGCUCGUCAAGGUCACCCGUGUCCUUGGCCGCACCGGUUCCCGUGGUGGUGUCACCCAGGUCCGCGUCGAGUUCAUGGACGACCAGACCCGUUCCAUCAUCCGUAACGUCAAGGGACCCGUCCGUGAGGACGACAUUCUCUGCUUGCUCGACAGCGACACCAUGAGCGCGGCGACAACGCCACCCAAGGACCACUUCAAUGUGUUGUUCUUCGCCAGUGCCAGCUCCUUCACGUCAAAACAGUAUGAGGCUUUCCCCGCUCCACUGCCACUGAAGAAGCUUUUCGACAUUCUCGAAGAGAGAUACUGUGGGAUCAAAGGAAAGGUUUUGGAGUCGUGUUUGGUCACGGUGAACUUGGAGUACGUCGACAUUCCCGGACCAGAAGAUGGGGGUGGGCCAGACAUCCAGGCUGGAGAUGAAGUAGCCAUCAUCCCGCCCAAUGGCGCUCGGCGACGAUUUGAAUCCAGUUCAUCCAUGGUUCAAUUCUCCCAAGUUGCUACGGGUACAGACAGCACCACAUUUGGUGGUGCUCACCCUCAAGGGCCUUGA